UUAACAGUAACAGUUGAUCCACCAACCCUUACUUUGUCCCCACAAGUAGUGGCCACCCGAGAUUCCUCAUUAAACGGGGCAACCUUGGAGCCUGUCAUGAGAUGUCAAUUUCCGCCACCGGCAGAUGGCUCCUUACUUUACAACAUACAGUGGUACAUAAAUGACAACUCCCUGACUAACGCCAUAUUUACAAAAAUAGAAUACAACGGUUUGAACAUCAGCGCGGCACUGAGACCUAGUCACUGGACAGGGACCUACAGAAUGAACAUGAACGUGAGUUGUAGCGUCAGCGCCCAGUAUUCUAACAGUGUACCUGGUUCAACGUUUACUAGCCUCAAGUUCUUUGCUGGUGUGAAGGUAAACCAAACAAAUAUAGAUGUAGAUGAAGGUCAGACGGUAUCCAUAGAGGUGACGAGCACAUUUCCGGUUGGUUGUAGUGCCUCCUUUUCCGAGUCUGAGAAGGAAGCGAAUUGCAAGGGGACUAUGUACAUUCGAACCACAGAGUAUUGGUCGUGGUGCUGGAACGGAAUUAAAUAUCUUUCCGCAGCAUUUCCGGACAAUGGAUGUCAGCUACAUUUCUCGUACAAAUAUUGGUACGAAACUGUGCAGCUAAAUAUAACAGGAUAUAUGGACGGGAUGCGAAACUGGUGGUACAAAAUGACGGAUAUAAAACUAGAACCUGGCUCUGACAGUAACAACAUCGCGUGGGGGAACAUGCAGUUUGACGAUACCAUUUCUGUCCGAGUCCACGAUAAGGACACGAGCGGAGGAGGUAUAUGUAGCUCCUAUAACGACCCUCACAUGCAGACAUUUGACGGAAUCUACUGGGAGAAUCAGCGAGUGGGAGAAUUUGUUAUGUACAGACAUAAGUCGAAGCCCUUCUCGGUCCACGCCUUAUUUUCUGCCUGCGUCCCCGGAUAUGCCACCUGUAACUGUGGAGUAGCCGUCAAGAGCGGGAAUUCCCUGUACGUCGUCAGAACCUGCACCAGAGUGUCCGCCAGUCGGGUCCAACUCCUUAGUGUUCCGUAUGAACUCAUGGAAGGAUGCGACCCUGAUGCCAUUGCCGUGCAGAAAACCGGAAGUAGAUACCGGGUUACUCUCCCUAACGGUGUAGAGGUAUCCUUCGCCCUGAGUGGUUGGGAUAACUGGAUAUCGUACGUCCAGAUCGUGGCGCCCUCUUCUGACUUUGAUCAAACAGAGGGACUGUGUGGUUCUUAUAAUGGGGACAGGUCUGAUGAUUUCAUUCCUAAAGGUCAAGGAAGUCCUGUAGCUGACGAGAAAACAUUUGCCGUGUCUUGGAGAGUUGCCCAAGGCUCAUCGGACAGUCUCUUCAUAAACAGUCCAACCCUGAGCAGCUAUUCAGCGCCAUCCACCCCUACCACCACUCCUACUUCCUUCUACUGCACAUGCUCCUCCUACCAAUCUGCCAGUCAAAACCCUGGUUACGCCCACUGUCAACUGGAGUCUCCAACAGAACCCUGUUCCGAGUCUAAGAGUCAAACUGUUAGUGUUUGUACACAGAGUAGAAGAAAGAGGAGUACUUCCGGUACAGACGACAUCAUAGAUACACCAAGUUUCUCUUACGACUCCGACUACGAUCAGGAACUACAG